AUUUAACAAAUAUAUGCAUUUAACGUGGAAAGUUGGGGGUCUUUUACCGAUCAAUGACGAAUUGGAAAAUUCAUUCCCAAAUGGUGAGGGUGGCUUCAGACAUAUCCCAUCAAUCUGGACAUUGGAGCCCACUAGACCUGGCAAAACGGUCGGUCAGACGCACACUGCACGAGCACCCGGUGUAUUAUACGGCGAAGACGCUGAGGGGUGCCGAGCUCAGGUACUCAGUAGCCGAAAAGACGGUCCUGGCCGUGGUUUCAACCGUGCAGCGGCUAACACCCUACUUCCAAGCUCACCCGGUUCAAGUGCUCUCCCAACAACCCAUUGGUGCGCUGCUCAAGAGCCCGAACGCGCCCUCGCGCAUGUCCAAGUGGGCGGUGUUCCUUGGAGCUUUCCAGAUCGAAUUCAGGCCAAGGCCAGCGAUCAAGGGCCAAGCGCUAGCUGACUUCGUGGUAGAGUGCACCGCUCGGGAGGAGGCGAGCCCAGAAGAGCCGGAAGCCUAUGACUGGUGGAUAGUUUUUACCGACGGCUCCUCCGCCGCCAAAAACUCGGGGGUGGAGUGGUAGUCAUCGAUCCCGAAGGCUUCAGAGCAUACUACUCAAUUCGAUUCGGUUUCAAGGCAUCAGACAAUGAAGCGGAAUAUGAAGCGCUCUUGUGCGGGCUACGCCUAGCAGUCGGGAUGAACGCAACAAAGCUAAGGGUAAAGU